AUGCCAUCAUUCGUAACCAUUCCCAGCACUCAAGAAGUACCGAGCAUGGAAAGAGAGCCUGUCGACGAUCAUAUAAAUUCGUUAGAUUGGCGGCACAGCACCGUAACUUUCUUGGCAGAGUUGUUUGCUCUCGUCCUAGGACCCCUUCUUGCAUACACCGUCUUAGAUCGUAACAUGGUCGUUACACACGAAAGUGCACCACCCAAAGCCAAGCCCAAAGGCCAGGAAGUAGUAGUAACGUGCCAGGCAAGGAGAAGAGGGAAGAAAUGCGACCAAGGGAAGCUUACAGAAGACGAUGCGCAACAUCCUGGAUGUGCGGCAUGCAGACGCUUGCGUAUUGAAUGCCUUGGAUAUGCUCGCAAUCGUCCUGAGUGGCUAAAAGGGCCUCAAGUCGAUGAAUUUAAACGGACAAUCAAGAUGUUCCUUGCUGAAAAUUCACCGCGAGUUCAACGUACUCCUCGCACUUCUGACUCUGGGAGCUUGCCAUUCCUAACCUUUGACAACCUUCGCAAUGGCGCGGCCACUUCGUUUGUCCCAGUCGGUCCUUCAUCCUCUUCCGUUAAUGGAGCUGCCGAAGCCAGCUCUCCUGCACAGCCCCCUGAAGGACAAGAUGGGACUCGAGGGGAUUUCAACCCGCCUCCGAUCCCUCCUACAUAUGCACACGCACACUCCCUGGGCAUCCCAUCCAAUCUCAUGGAAUUCCCCAUCAAUUACCGCCUAUCGCCCACCCUCAUGACCGAAUCAGCUUCAAUCGCAAGCAGGGAUUCCACUGACCCAGCUCUUGCGAUCGAUCCAGCCCUAGAGGACGCAAACAUGCAGACUCUUGCGCCUGUACUUGCCCAACUUGGCAGGAACACCUCCGCUGCCCCAGCCCCUGCGGCCCCUGUUGGGGAGAAUGCUCUGCAUAACAUUGGGCCUGUUGAAGCCGCGGCGGUCCGCGCAUGGGCAGGCGUUGUUGGUGCUAGCGUUGCCUGGGGAGAGGUUGUUGUUGAGAUUGUAGGCGCUACAAGAGCAGAGCCUGGUACGGUUAUUAGCUUCACUGGCCCUAUACCCGAAAAUCUCGACCAACUUGGAGCGAAUGCUUUACAAGCUUGUGCUCUCAUGUGCCUUGGCCUUCCUGGAGCGGAGGAAGUACUUGCUAAACGCUUGGAGGAGCGCCGCUGGGGCGAGGAAGUUGCCGAAGGAGGAAUAGCCGAGAAUUGGCAACGAGCGGUGAAGCUCGAAGCGCGGCAAGGAAAGCCUGCCGAGGUUCAGGAUGGACUGUCAGGUGUUAAACCCGAAGAGGCAGGAGGAGACGUGCAUAUGGACUCUGAUGAUAAGAGCACCGUCGUUGCCCCAGCUGUUGCCGCCGCGACCCUGAACACGCCCGUUGUGCAGAAUGAUCCUGCAGUCACCUCUAUAGCCACUGUUUAA